AUGGCUAAAGAUAACAACGGCGACAAGCCAUUCUACCACCCAUGGCUAGAGACCUUCCAUACGGAUUCAGUCCCACAGACGAUAGAGAAGAACACCCAAAUACCUCGUCAAGAUGGUCAUAUCCCUCAGUCCUCAAAAGACCGCUCCCUCACAGCCUUUGCGCAGCUGGGCGCUCUACGACUGAAUGCGAAACGUGGGCUCGUCACUCUGAUCGAUACCAAGACGCAGUAUGUGCUAGCCGAAGCGACGCGCUCUCUGUCCUUGAUGGACGAUGCUCGUCAUGAGCCCGGAGACGAGCUUUGGCUGGGUAACUCACGACUGCCCCGGUCACAAGGUGUUUCGGAGGAUGCGCUCAUGGCUACAGAUCAUACAGCGAGAGGACCUAAGGACGAGGAGUUCACGGCGCCCGCUUUGGUGGUGCAAGAUCUGGCUACACAUCCACGGUACAAGGACAGAAAAUAUGCUGGGGCAGGCAUCAGUUUCUACGCAGGCGUGCCAAUCAUUACGUCGCGCGGCCACACGAUUGGAGUGUAUAAUAUCACCGACAACAAGAGCCGAGAUGGGUUACAAGCCGAGGAGUUACGGUUCAUGACCGACAUGGCAGCUUUGGUUGUACAACACCUUGACACUAUUCGCAAUGAACGUGCGCGAGCGCGUGGCGAACGUCUCAUCCAGGGUAUUGGCACGUUCAUCGAGGGCGACCCAAUCGAUGCAAGUCUGUCUCUCGAAUCGCCCAGUCCAUAUUUUGAGACGGACCCGCUGGCAGCUGCUGGCCAGAAGCUGCCAGCACGGCCAGGUAUGGCAGCCAAACAGUCAAGUGGAUCCUUCAAGGGUCUCACAGUCGAGGACUCGAAUGCGAUUGGUCGCGAGCAGCACGCAACUGCUCACGGUGGCGAACCAAUUCAUUACAGCACUCGAAGCAUACUACCGCCUGUACAAAAGGAGCCAGUCGAGAACCACGAUGAUCCAUACAAGGCCAAACAGAAGCCGAGAUCACAGCAUGCGCUUAUCUUCGAUCGCGCCGCAAAAAUCAUGAGGAAGUGUUUGGGUGCGGAUGGUGUAGCAUUUCUCGAUGCAAGCUCCGCUAAUCUGAGCAAAGGAACAGCCCGCAGGGAAAGCAAACAAAGCCAGAGCACUGUCGUACGCCAUUCCUCCACAGCAGACGCCAAAAGAGACACAAACAGCAAGACACAGAGCGCUAUUACGCCUGAGGGUGAUUUGCCCAAAGGCACGAUCGGUGUGACUGCCACGGCACAGCGGUCGUCAGAAAGUCUCCCGGAGCAGCGCCAGAUGAGCGAGCUUAUUGCCAUAGCUCUGAAAGACACGAACAAUGAUCUGUCUCUUGAGAUCUCGGAACACGAUUUGCGCAAACUUGUCAGAAGGCAGCCACAGGGGAAGUGUUAUGCAUUCGACGAGGAUGGCAAGCCUGCUCGAGGAUCAGACGAUGAGCAAGCGCUAGCAGCCGUAAAGCGUAAAGACAUGAAGAGGAAUGCUUUGCUCGCAGCCCUCCCAGAAGCUCGCACUAUCGUGUUCCUUCCUCUAUGGGACUAUGCGAACCAGCGAUGGAAUGCUGCGGGAGUCAUGUGGUCAUCAAGUCCAGCAAAGAUGAUGAAUGUCCAACAAGAUACCUCUUACUUGCGAGCCUUCGCCAACAGCGUCAUGAACGAAAUCACGCGGUUGAAUUUAUCGGUGUCUGACGCUGCAAAGUCGACGUUCCUGGCCAAUAUCAGCCACGAGCUCCGCAGUCCGUUGCAUGGUAUACUUGGUAGCAUUGAGUUCCUACACGACACAGCGCUGGACGACUUUCAAUCGAGCAUGGUCAUAAGCGUGGAGACAUGUGGCAAGACUCUGCUUGACACUGUCAACCACGUCUUAGACUUCGCAAAAUUGAACAAUCUGGCAAAGAAAGAAGGCAAGAUGAGCAAAGGGUUUGUCAGCGAUAAAUCGCAUCAGCCGCUGACAAGCACUUUCGAUUUGGCAACCGUUGUGGAGGAAGCGGUCGAAGCGGUCUACUCGGGGCAGGUAUUUCGGGCUGCCAAUCAGGAUGCUUUGGCUGGACAAGGCCCUUCGCUCUCUUCUUCAGACAAGGUCAUGGCGACAAGACGGCAGCACAAGGAGGCCAUUGCGGCAGGUCAAGCUAUUGGCUCGACCGCCGUGCGGCUAACGCUCAACCUCGACGAUGGAACUAACUGGCACGUGACAUCGCAGCCUGGGGCUAUCCGGCGCAUCGUCAUGAACUUGCUGGGAAACUCGUUGAAAUACACUGAGAAGGGCUCCAUUAAUGUAGCGAUGGAAAUCGACUCUUCGAGAAAUCGUGAGCAGGAAGCUGGGCUGCUCCACGCGAUCAUCACGGUGACUGACACUGGGAAAGGUAUGUCCGACGACUUUGUGCGCAAUCAUGCCUUCACAGCAUUCUCGCAAGAAGACUCUCUGGCUUCUGGUACAGGGCUGGGAUUGUCCAUCAUUCGGUCUAUCGUUGAUUCGCUCGGCGGCAAGAUAGAUCUGCGCAGCCAGAAGGGACUUGGCACAGAAGUUAAGGUCUGGUUAAGUCUUCCCAGCGCAGACGAUCCUGACUCAGGAGUGAGCGGUAAGAACAUCGUCCGGCAAGUUGCAGAGGAGACCAUGGACAUGUCCCUAUGCAUCCUCAAGCCUCCAAUACACAAGGACGACGAGGAAAAGGCUUUCAGUGAGAAGUCCCUCACUGCAUUACGAGACAUGCCUACGGUUGAGUCGUCGGUGAAUCGUCUCAUGAAUCAGUGGUUCUCAAUGAAAGUCUUUACAGCGCCAAACAUGAAUGGCGUCGAGGAAGCUGACUUCUUCGUCUAUCCCGAGCCGCCCUCGAUAGAGUAUCUGCUAAACGAGCACGGUGAGCAUGGCGGGGAAGGGGAAAUCCCGGUCAUAAUCCUGUGCCAGAAUGCUUUUCAGGCGUCUGCACUGCGCGCGGCUGGGAUCCACCAUCUCACCGAGAUAGGCCGUAUCAUUGAGGUUGUCGCGCAGCCAGUUGGUCCUCAAAAGCUCGCCAAAGUUCUACAUCGCUGUCUACAGCGUUACAAGAUGCUGGAUCGGACAACCCAAGCAUUGUCCAGCAACCAUGUGAAGCUUGCAGUUCGAAAGACUGAUCCGACGAACGGGUCAACAAGCGGUGAUGGGACUUCAAGCCCUGAGGCGACUCCUAGCAAACCGCGGCGUCCGAGUCCAUCACCGCAGCAGGCACCGCAGCCAAAGAUUGACCCAUCGCUACCAUCGGUCCUGGUUGUGGAUGAUAAUCAUAUCAACUUGCAAUUAAUGGUGGCUUUUGUCAGAAAGAUCAAGCAUGCCUACGAAUCCGCCGUUGACGGCGACCAGGCGGUAGAAGCCUACAAACGCUCAGCAAGAGACCCAGAAACGGACGAGCCGUCGAGCUCGGCGCCAAAACGCUUCAAAUACAUACUGAUGGACAUCAAUAUGCCAAAGAAAGAUGGUAUAACAGCAACAAAAGAAAUCAGGCAGUGGGAAAAGGAACACCGUAUUGAGCCGCCCGCCAAGAUCUUUGCGUUGACGGGCUAUGGAGAACCUGACAGCCAUAACUGGGUAAGUGAGGCUGGAUUCGACCGCCUGCUCAGCAAACCUAUCAAGUUCAGCGACCUAGGGAGUUUCCUGGAAUGA